AUGGAUUAUCACUAUGGCACGUCGCGUGUUGUGGGUGGCAAAGAUGCCCAGCCAGGGGCUUGGCCCUGGAUCGUCAGCAUCCAGGACCCCUGGGAAAGAGGCACGGGGCAUGUGUGUGGAGAGUCCCCACCCAUCAGCCCACAGUGGGUCCUCACGGCAGCCCACUGCUUCAUUGAGGGGAGGUAA